GCAGAUGGUAAAACUCCAGAACUUUUUCUUUUUCAUUACUUCCAUGGUCGUGCCUUGUGGCACGGCAGCACCCGUACUAUUGAAAUGGUUCGUCAGUAGAGAUGUUCCCACAGGUGCCCCUUUUUCCAAUGGUACUUUAAUUCCUAUUCUUAUCCCUUCAUUCCUUCUUUUGGUUUAUCUACAUUCCAGGAAAUUCAUACGCUCUAUGGACGGAGUCAAAAGUGGAGUCUUGGUCAGAGCAAGUUGCCCUAUUUUAUUACCAGACAUAAUUGGGAGAAGCUCAUCCGAAACUAGAGCUAGAAACGCCUUAUUUCGUUUCGUUCCCAUUCUUCAUUUUCUUCUUCUCGAAUUAAAGGGGGACUUACCCUAUUUAGAAUCUUUUUGCGGUGUGCUCCGUUUACUAUUCUUUCGUACUUUCUUCUCUUUACCACGCGAUAGGUCAGCGAAGCGUGAGCGGGCGCGGAGAAGAAAAGGCCAAACACUUCGGCCUAACGGGAAUGAGCAACGACGAAAUGAAAAGAGAAAGUGCCCCGGGCGCCCCCAUUUAGAAAGAAGGGUCGAAGGGUUUGGGCCUGUAGCUUUCCCCGUCCCCCCUUCGUCGGGUGGUGCUUGCAUGGGGGGUGUGCUACCUGAAAUCGGGCUUGAAGCUCCCGCCUUACCAACGAGCCGACAGCUGAUGGCUGUUGGUCGCGACUACUACCAAAAAGUGAACAUGAAGAUGAAUAUUUCACAUGGGGGAGUGUGCAUCUUUAUGUUGGGUGUUCUUCUGUCGUGCGACCCGGCGGCUUAUGUGCGACCUGUGGCCCACGCCUCCUAUUUGUUCAGGGCGGGCGGCGUGAACUCUGAUUCGAUCCGGGUAUUCAAUCCCGCCGCUGAGGUGCUCAGUUGA